ACGACCUUAAUAGCAAACUUAAAAGAAAGAGUUGGAACUACAGUUAUGUUUUUUGCUGUGUACUCAACUGUGACGUCCCUACCAUUCUGCGUAGCCGUGUUUGGCACAAUUGUGGUCAGUGCCUUCUUUUACCUCAAGUCUUUUAUGAACCAGCCAUCAUCACUUCCAAUACUGUAUUUCAAAGAAUCAGCAUUGGCGUCACAUCUUCUCAAGCGAUGCAGACUGAUGAAGCGUAAAUUCGAUCCGCCUUGGUAUCUACGAAACGCGCAUGUCCAAACAAUACUUUCAUUUAUUCUUCCAAAUACUUCGACUGAAUUUGACAGAGAAUAUAUACAAAUGCGUGAUCAAGGAGUCGUAGCGCUUGACUGGGUUCUUCAUGUUUCUGUUCAUCAGAAAAAACGAUGUUCUGUGUUAAUAAUACUUCCGGGACUAACCGCUACCGCGGUCAAUGUUUCAAACCUGUGUACUUUAGCUGCUCACAAAGGUUAUAGGCCUGUUGUGUUUAACCAAAGAGGAUUCGGAAAUUCAGUGUUAACGACUCCGAAGAUACUGAGCAACGGGGAUCCGCACGAUUUACGACAAGUUGUAAAAUAUAUACAUAGUCGAUACCCAAAAGCGUUAGUUACAAUGGUUGGAUUAGGAACGGGUUGUUCGCUUUUACUGUCAUAUCUUGGAGAAUUCGGUUCAUCGGCAAACAUUUGUGCUGGAGUGUGUAUAUCAGCGUGCUUUGACAACUCCGGGAAAUUCUCGAAAGGUGUUCAAGGAAUAUAUGACAUAUUAUAUUUGUUGUCAUUGAAAAAAACGUUAUGUGUACAUUCAAAUUCACUUUCAAAGUAUAUCGAUUUUAAUGAGUUGCUCAAAUGCUGGUCAUUUCGACAUUUUGAUGAGCUUGUGUAUUCAAAGUUAUACAACUUUUCAAAUGUAGAUGACUUUUGGGACCGCAAUAAUCCUUUGAGAGAUGUGGAUGAGAUAGCAGUUCCUUUAUUAUUUAUCAAUAGCUUAGAUGAUCCUUUUUAUUCCAAAAUAAGCAUUCCAUACGAUCUCUGCAAGUACUAUCCACAUUUUCUAAUGGUUUGUACUAAUAAAGGUGGACAUUGUGGAUUUAUUGACGACCCUUGUGAUGUAAGUUGGGCAGAGAAACUAGCACUGGAUUACUUAGACACUUUAUUAGAGUUUACAAAUAAGGGUCAUACUAUUAAUUAUGGAAAAUGUGGCGUUAGAUCUACUAUUUAAGUAAUUUCUUAAAGUUAUAAAAUGCAAAGAUUUCUAUGGAUGAUUUGCAUAUUUUACACCGCCUGAUAUUAUGACUUUCAUGAUAGAGUUUAAUUGCCAUUAAAUAUUCCCUACAAUAAUUCACAUCAAUGUGUAUUGCCCUUCUGGUAACAUAUUGUAAGAAACAUAACUCGCCUUUAUAUUUGAACGGUAUUAAAACCUGUUAAGAUGUUUUUCGACAGUCAUUGUUGAAAAAAGUAAAUUCAAAUAAAAAUACAAUUCAUAUUCCUUGCGAAUGUAUGACAAAUCGAAAAAAACGAUCUGAAUUAGAGUAUACCACCCACUUUCUUAACAUUAUCUCUCCAGCUUCUGCAAAAACAUUGAUACAAUCUAACAAUCUGCAACAUAACAACAAAUCAAUAACCUUUCCAUCUCAUUCCUAAUAUUUGCGUACGAAUUAAAGCAACAAUUAUAACUAUUCAAUGUGCACCAUAUUCCUUAUUUUUAA